GGGCACCCGGACAAACUAGUUCUCAGUGCCCACUGAUUGGCUCGAUCAUGCCGUUGGGUCCUGCUCGUCUGGUUUUAGAUGUACUGUUACUCUGUUAUCUCCCAUCCCACACUUCUAUCCCGAGCGCUCUGAGCUCCACACACAAGCUGGGCUGUACAAGACAACAUGCUGGCUGUACUCUUCAUUCUGGGGACGUUAUUCCCCUUAAACUUUGCAGAAAUAUCGAUCAAACUGCUGGAUACUAACGAUGGUGUGUUUUCGGGUGCGUUCCCGAACUCGUUUCUGCUGAGUCUGCCUGACUGCGGUGUUUACGCGAACAGGAGCGCGACGCUGCUCUACGCCGAGGCGCCCUCCAGCCAAAGCCAAAAUCAGUCUUUCGUCGUUCCGUCGUGUAAUCCCAAACAGCUGGGGUUACUUCUGGAAGACCUCAAACAAGGAACAGAAUACACCAUGUGGUACCAAAUCGCAAAUGAAACGAGCAGUAAAUUGACUGGGAAGACCAUCAGUGUCGUUGAUUACCAGCAGAUAGACAGUGGUCUUAAAGCGCGCAGCGGAGCCAUGGUGGUCAUCACCGUCAUCCUGUCUUUGGCUAUGGUGAUGCUCCUCGUGGGCCUCUUUAUUAGCCUCUUCUUUUCCGGCUAGGCUGAAGACGAUGCACCUCAACAGUGUAAUUGAUGUCUGUUUAAUUGACAAAAUAACACAGACACAUUUCAGACACUUUCAGAGAUGAUUCACUUUUUUCUACACAAACUACAGCGUGACAGCGAGUUACACAAAUGUAUAUAUUUAGCAGCAAUUUCAAAAUUAUUUUCACUGCAUUGUAACGGUGUACUGCAUUUCAAAUAAAUCAUGUAACAUAAAAAAA